GUGUCACCCCAGCCAAUCACAGUCGCGUUUACUUGCCGAUUAGGCAGUAUCAACAUGGCAGCUUUCUGAGUUUUGGAGGAGGGGAGCUGGUGUAAAUAAACAGACAUUUAACAUUUUUGAGAUAACGACAGCGUCGGGGUGUUUGAGUUUAGGACUGAGUGGACCGCUGCGGGAAGAUGUCGAGCGACGGAAACAAAAAACAGUUCUGGAAAAGGAAUGCAGCGAAGGUUCCUGGCAGCAUUCAGCAUGUGUACGGUGCACAGCAUCCACCCUUCGACCCGCUCCUUCAUGCAAAUCUGAUCAAAGCAGGCAACAAGCCUCCUCCAGCCACUCCAGGCAAGCCCAAGAAGGCGACCACCUUCCAGGAGUUUGAGAGCAUCACGAGCGACGCCUGGGAUGUCGGGGAUGACGACGACGAGCUGCUGGCCAUGGCUGCGCAGAACCUCAACAUCGAGGUGGUCAUGGAAACAGCCAAUAAGGUGAUUGAGAAUCACAGCAAGCAACAGGAGAAACAGAGGCAGGAUGAGACAUCAGAGCUGGACCGAAGAGAAGACGACACACAGGAGGAGGUGGCAGAGGACGACGAGGACAAUGAAGAAGAGGAAGAGGAGGACAGGGUGGAAGAGGGAGACGCGACCAGCCCUGAGGUAUUAUUUGGAUCCCAGAGCAGCCCUUACACUGAUGGCCGCCUAGUGAAGUCCCACAGCGAAGCUCCAAUUGGGUCACCUAAAGAUGCAGCAGGUGAGCAUGCAGCCCUCCACAGACAGCGGUCUCUGCCCCAUCGGCCUCCUGUCAUCCCUCUAGUGGCUCGCAUGGCUGACCAGAACACAUCUGGCACUCCAGCCAUGACCGAGAGGGAAGCGUCCCGCCUAGAUAAGUUCAAACAGUUGUUGGCAGGACCCAACACAGAUCUGGAUGAGCUGCGGAAACUCAGCUGGUCCGGAAUCCCUCGACAGGUCCGACCGAUUGCAUGGAAACUUCUCUCAGGUUACCUGCCAGCCAACGCAGAGAGGAGGGAAAGCGUUCUACAGAGGAAGAGGCAAGAAUAUUUCGGCUUCAUCCAGCAAUACUACGACUCUCGCAAUGAUGAGCAUCAUCAAGACACAUACAGACAGAUUCACAUUGACAUACCGAGAACUAAUCCUCUUAUUCCUCUCUUUCAACAAGCUUCUGUUCAAGAGAUUUUUGAACGGAUCCUGUUUAUCUGGGCCAUCCGGCAUCCCGCUAGCGGCUACGUGCAAGGCAUCAACGACCUGGUCACACCAUUCUUCGUCGUUUUCGUCUUUGAAUAUAUUGAGGAGGAAGUGGAAAACUUUGACGUGUCCAGUCUCCAGGAAGAGGCUCUGAGGAAUAUUGAGGCUGACAGCUUCUGGUGCAUGAGCAAACUGCUGGACGGGAUCCAGGACAACUAUACAUUUGCUCAGCCAGGCAUCCAGAAAAAAGUCAAGGCCCUAGAGGAGCUGGUCAGCAGGAUUGAUGAAUCUGUGCACCGCCACAUGCAGCAGUACGAGGUGGAGUACCUGCAGUUUGCCUUUCGCUGGAUGAACAACCUCCUGAUGAGAGAGUUGCCAUUACGAUGCACAAUCAGACUGUGGGACACCUACCAGGCUGAACCAGAGGGCUUCUCCCAUUUUCACCUGUAUGUGUGUGCGGCCUUCCUGGUGAGGUGGAGGAAAGAGAUCCUGGAGGAGAGGGAUUUUCAGGGCCUGAUGAUCCUCUUACAGAACCUUCCCACGAUGCACUGGGGCAACGAGGAAGUGAGCGUACUGCUGGCUGAAGCCUACAGGUUGAAGUUUGCCUUCGCUGAUGCGCCCAACCAUUACAAGAGAUGAUAAGCAAGGGGCGGGGGAGGGGGCUCCCUGUGUUCCUCCUUUACUCCCCCCAAAGUGGUCUACUGAACUCAAAGGCCUCUAUUCCCACACAGGAAGGAGCUCCCUUUUCUUAACCUCCUUUUCCCUUAUUGGCCGGUGGGCCUUUCAGCUACUAAGAGAUUUUUGAAUCAACCAAUGACUGCGAGGAUGUGCGGUGUAGCAUUCUAACAUGUUGAUGUGGAGCCUUUUUUUUUUUUUUUAAUGAUUAUUGUGUUCUCUGAUUAGCUCUGAGCAGUGCAGAGUCCUGUUCUUUAUCACUGCAAGCUGACAGCUGGGAGAUCAACCUAAGGCCCGAUGCAAAACCAGGAGCUGUUGCUCAGCACCGCCUGCGGUCUGGCUCUGAAAAAUGCCUCUUUCUGCUAAUUAUUUCCAUAACCAUGGUAAUACAUAGUUGAUUUUUUUUGUUCCCUGAGGCAAAAUUUGAUCUUUUUCCUUUUCAGUUUGCAAAGACAAAGAAAGAUGUCAAAGGGCAUUGCACUAGAUACUUUACUUGCCCCUCCCCCCCACAGAUUGUUUUUCUUCGUGACCCUUCCAAGACUUUUGAAGCAAGACACUUUGUCAGUCAGUGAGAGGAGGCAUGUGUACUUCCUUCCAUUAAGCCAAUCACACACCAGCUUUAAACCCUCAUUGUCCAGUCUCAUCACUGCAGCGUCUCGUUGUUUGAAUGUAACGCAAACAGUGGCAGGAGGCUGCAGAACAGGAGUCACAUACACAGAUCAACAUCAAAGAACAUAAGAAGCCAUUAGGAGGGAGAACGCUACCUAGUCCCACUUGUUAUGGUUCUUAUUUUCUUUUUUUGCUCCUUAGACCUGCUGCAUGUGAAGGGUCCACGUCUUAUUAUCAACUUCUCCUUCUUUGUGAAUGUAAGACUACCUCAGAACACGCAUUGUUAUUACACGGUUAUACACAUAAUGAGGCGUUAGCAGACAUAAAGAAAGAAUCACUCAGAUUCACAUUGGUCUGGGUGGGUGACAGGCCAGAUCUGAAGUUGAAGCUAAAUUCCGAAAGAGCACAAUCGACACGGUUUGGGGACCUUUUGUUUUCAAGUUUUCCGCCCAGAAUAUAUAAAAUAUGGAUUGGACUGUUUAGAGAUCACCAGCAAGGCGGGGCCUGAGCUUAAAAGAUGUAUUUCCAUAUAAACACGUGAAACUAGAAGGGUUUAUUUGGAGGCUCCAACUUAAUGGAAGUCUUGCAAUUUUAAAAUGCAAUUACACACGCUUGAUCUAUUUCGGCUCUCGUAAUUUAUUUAUGUAGAAGCUCUGCACGCAGAUCAUCGGGAUUAUCCUAAAAACGUACCAAUACAUAAAUAAGUAAAUAAAUAAUUACAAAGCUGUUUCUUUGCUUAUGACCAUCCAUCCCAUUGCCUCUAUAAUGCUGUUUGUAAGUACCCUGUAAUCAGGCGUCGGCACGGUGCUUACUGAACUCUGUGAAUAUAAUGGGAAGUUGACAAGCUUAGCAGGUGACAACGAUUCAUCACGCCCUUUAAUUAAAAAGCGUUUGCAUAAAUAAGUUAUACAACCUGCUUCUUGUUUUUGCACACACAACUCUCCGCCUUACAUUAGUCGUUCACACGUUGCUCUGUUCUUAUAGAGCACAUGGGAUGUCUUACGCAAAGUCAGUAGCACCGUAUUGGUGUGAUGUUAGGUGGUGGUGGUGGUGGGGGGGUAAUCAGACAUUCAUGACAUAACACAAAGCUGUUAACGUUUGGAUCCUCCUGUCGCAACUCCGCCAGGAUCCAUUAUUGUCACCCGAGCCGAAAAAGGCGGCAGGCGUAGGUGUGUGAAGGGAAGAUGGAAGGAGAGAGGGGAAGGGAGGGUGUUGUGUUUCUUUGGAAGUUCAGUCCCUUUUUUCAGUGAGAGCUGUCAGUCUUUGAUCACAUGUUGAGGGUUUGGGCUUUUUUUUUUUUUUUUUACCCAAUCUGCACCAGUUUCACAAGCCCCUCAUCUCCCAUGCUCUCUGACAAGGAAAAACUGCACUUAAUUUAAAAGUCUAAAAAGUCCCCUCCCUUUUUUUGUAUGAGAUAUAUUCUUUCAGUCAGCAUUUUAAAUAUUUGUCUUUUUCAUUUAGGUUUUAUUUUUUUAAAUGCCUACAUAUGUUUACGUUUACAUGCCUGUAAAGUUGUGCCUGACUCUGGAGACACGAGACAAACACCCUGAUUGUGUUUUUUGACCACAGAUGAUUUUUUUUUUUGUUUCGUUUGGUUUUUUUUAGGUUUUAAAUUUGUGCAAGCAAUAUGAAGUCAUUUUUAAUUAGUAAUAAAAUCAAAGGAAAUAUUAUUUUGACUACAGAAACCACCAGCACGAGCUGUUGAAUUACACUCUGGGCAUUUAUGCCAUAAUAAAAUAACCAAGAACCCAUCCCUAAACCCUCCCCAUCCCUUAAGAGGCUUGUCAAGCUUUGCAUUCCUGCACAUGCUGAAAGAACAUGCAGUGAAUGGGCUGUGGCUGUAGUGCUACUCAGCAUUUAAACAGUUUGGCGUCCGCAGUUAGCAGCUUUAUGAAAUUUGGGUGAAUUGCCACUCCAGAAUCGCCAGUCAGUCAAACAGACCAAAAUCAUCCCAACCAUGUGUUAUGAACCUGCAGUCUCGUGGCUUUUGAAAUGGUUGCUUCAAAGACAGGGGCCAAGUCUGCAUCCACAUGCAGUUAGUUGCCAUGUUCAAAGCAACUUGGUCUGUCAAAAACAUGAUAAAAAAAUAAGAAUCAGUCUGCUACCACUUUACAACCAGAAUGCAACCAGUUGCCAACCAACUGAGACAAGUCCCCUAUUGCAAAGAUGCACAUUGCAGACGAGUUGCACUCAUCAGAGCAGACCGACUCUUAAUUGAGUCGGUCUGCUCACUACCAAAUGUUUUAAAGUGUGUUUUUUUUUAGUUUUUUUUUUUUUAGCAUAGUUACUGGAGAUGAUAUUUGCUUAUGUGAUCUGUACGUUGUUAUUUAAGUUAGAAAACUGACGCCACUGAAGCCACUUCUGAGUUUGAGUGUUACAUUUUUUAAUCAUGAAUGCAAAGCUUGACAGGCACAGCAGCAGUCAAUAAGGUUGGGCAGGGGUGAGCGAGCAGUCAAUAUUUGUCCCAUUUAUUACCCAUAACCUGACUUCUCACAACAUUAAACUGCCUUAUUGCACACAUUCAUAUGGAUAUGAACACUGUAAGGGGUAAAAGCAAUGUUGGUGGUGAACACCGAUGCUCCAAGAUAACAACAAAUGUGGGGGUCGAAAGCCGCUGUAGUGUCUGUCAACGUGUGUGUGUGUGUGUGUGUGUGUGUGUGUGUGUGUGUGUGUGUGUGUGAGGGUGUGUGUGUGUGUGUGUGUGUGUCAAAGGCAGAGAGUAGGUAGGUUUGAGCCCCCCUCCGUUUCUGCUGUUAUGCUAUAUGCAGUGUU